AUGUAUAAAGAUCUGAAAGCGACCUUCUGGUGGAAAGGUAUGAAGACAAAUGUAGCGGAUUAUGUGGCAUCGUGUUUAGUAUGUCAGAAGGGGAAGAUUGAGCAUCAGAGGCCGGGUGGUACGCUGGAGCCUCUGGAUAUUCCUCAAUGGAAGUGGGACAUCAUUUCCAUGGAUUUUGUUACUCACAUGCCACGAUCCGAGAUUCACAUCGAGAUUCUGGCAGUAGCUGCAGAAAGCCUUAGGCACUCAGUUGAGAAUGAGCUCGGCCUAUCAUCCUUUGACAGAUGCUAUCAUUCCAACAUUGGAAUGGCACCGUACGAGGCGUUGUAUAACAGAAGAUGCCAGACACUGUUAUACUGGCAACAGGAUGGAGAUCGGCAGAAGUUCUAUGCAGAUAAGAGAAGGCUGCUUGAGUUUGAGGCAGGUGACCAUAUCACAAGGAGGAUUGGACUGGUGGCAUACGAGAUUGCUUUGCCACCUCACUUGGCAAAUCUGCACAAUGUCUUCCACGUUUCACAACUCAGGAAGUACAUUGCAUAUCCUACUCAUGUGUUGAAGGAGGACAAUGUUCAGGUUCUCUGGGACGAGGCAACUCAGGAGAUGACGUGGGAGAUGGAGGAUCUCAUGAGCAAGUCUUAUCCCCACUUGUUUCCUGAAGCCCGCCAGGUGACUCAUACUAUUUCUGUUCAUUUUCUGGGUUCCUGCAAGGAACCGCCUAGCGGUGAGCUGGGUUUCCUUGAUGAAGGGCUUGACGGUGGUGAUUGA